AUGCAUCCCGUCGACCCCGUCCUGGUCUUGGAUCCGGCCAUCUUGCCGGAUCCUGCUGCUGCCGCCGAAGACGAUUCCGACUAUGAAUAUGAGUACCACGAUCACGCAACUGAGACUUUCUAUCUCACCCUGGACCUAGCCUCAAAUCAGAACCUCGGCCGGCCAUCAAAGCGACGUCAAGACUCGCAAUCGGUCACUACUCCGCGCUCCUUACCGACCGAGUCUUCCCACCGGGACGGAAACGAGCCUGCGCUGGCCAGCACGGAAGUCGACUCCACCCCCGAGGAGCGAGUGCAGAUCCUCGGCCUGCACACCCCGAACCCGAUCGUCUCCUACAGAAACCAAAUCUUCAAUUGUUCCUGGGCCGAUCAAAUCGGUACCGAGCUCCUCUUUGCGCAACCCGAAGUCGAAUCGGACCCGGACUCCGCAGCGCCAACCAAGCCGCUGAGGCGCGGGAAGGACUUUGAUCUGAUCGCUGCGAACAGCGUGAAGAUUUUCGGUCGCAAGGCUAAUCUGAUCUCCAGUGCUGGCCCUGCGCCACCAAUGGAGCCGCUGGAGGCCGACGUUGCGCAGGACACGGACCCCGCAACGACUCGCAGAACCGGCCCUAUGUCAAACCAGGCCCGCUUCCUAGAGCGACUCAAGAGCAUCAAGCAAGCCAAGGGCGAGACCGACACUAUACGCAGCUCCUUCAGUUUAAGACGGGCUCAGAACUUGGAGGAACGGUUGCGGGGCUGGGCGCAGACGGGGGAGCAGCUCACCGAGAUCCAGCGGCUUAACGACGCCGCCGUUCAAGGAAAUACCACUGCAAUGGCGGAUCUGGAAAACUUGUACAUUCAACUUGGAUCCCAAGAUCACGGUUUGCCCGCAGAGGCCUUCCAACCACGAUGA